CUCAUUAAUAAAGAAUGCCAGUCUGAUCCAUUCCAAUUGCCUAAUAAUAUUGUGGAGAGUAUGAAGAACCUUAAUGCCAAUAUAUCAGAGUCAUCCACUGUUCGUAUCGACAAGUACAACACCCAGAUCAAUUUGACCCCAAGUGGACGUCCAGUCAACCAUAACUACUCUGAUGUAACAUGCCAAUGUGUUGAAUCUUCAAUGCAUUGUACCAGACCGACAAAGCUCAUUGAUAUAAUCAUCCAGAUGCCAUUCUUGACCAUGAGUUGCAUCCCAUCCAACAACACUGAUCCAUGUAUCACCGGUACCUGCACCCCGGGUGUCGGAUGCCAGACUGUCAACACCACCUGUAAUGACUUUAAUGCCUGCACCAUCGACUCUUGUGACUCGUUGGCAGGAGGAUGCCAACAUCAAACCGUUAGCUGUGAUGAUGGUGACUCAUGUACCCUGGACACGUGCGACCAGACUACAGGCGGCUGCGCCCACACUGCCAUCUCGUGUGAUGAUCACAAUGCUUGCACUGUGGACUAUUGUACAAGAUAUGAUGGAUGUCAACAUGUCCAAGACAACUGCACCAGCCCAGACCCAUGCCGCAUUGCGUCGUGUGACCCGAUCCAAGGUUGUGAGCUGAGCCCAGUUGAGUGUGACGACCACGAUGCUUGCACUGAAGACGAAUGCUGGUCAUUUGAUGGAAAAUGUCAUUCCUACCAGAUCAACUGCACCAGUCCCGACCCUUGCCAGAUUGCCUCUUGUGAUCCAGUGCAUGGAUGUAUGUUGACACCUGUCGACUGUGACGAUGGCAAUGCGUGUACAAGCGAUGAGUGCUCCUCCAUUGAUGGUGGAGCAUGUAGAUUCACUGCAAUCAACUGCACCAGUCCAGACCCAUGCCACAUUGCCACAUGUGAUCCACACCAAGGAUGUCAAUUGACCGAAGUCCAUUGUCCAUUCAUCGACAUCUGUCACGUUGGACUAUGCAACAUUGAAACCGGACAUUGUGAUUCCACACCAAUCGUCUGUCCAUCAGGACACAAGUGUCAUCACAAG